AUGUCUCUUCAACAACUCUUGCCUCCUGACCACUGGCCGGCUCGAGAGAGGGUCCAGACGGACAGACGGCUGUCCGAUUGGAGAUCGCGGCUUUCAAGAAAAUCACAAAAGAUGGGUCUAUUGUGUUCUCCUGGCGAACUGACGCGUGGUGCCGAUGGAGUGCAGGGGAAAAGAGGACACCGUGGUCCUCGUGGACGACCGGGACGACCUGGAUCGAAUGGUCCUCGAGGCUAUCCAGGAGAUAUGGGCGCUAUUGGUCCGCCUGGACCCGACGGAGAAGCAGGAGUACCAGGGCCGAAUGGUGUUGAUGGUUUGGUAUACCAACCUCGACAGGGUGUCAAGGGUCUCCUCGGCUUGCCUGGACUAGAAGGUCCUCCCGGUCUACGAGGGAAGCCCGGCCUUCCUGGGUUACCUGGUGCCGUUGGUUACACGGGUAUGCCAGGAGUGCCUCGUAUGGAGGGCGCAACAGGGGCACCAGGACCUCCUGGACCGCCUGGGCGUCCAGCCGAGGGGGUUCAUUAUUGUGAGUGCUUCCCCAAGUCGUCCGAGAUCGAAGUGGAAUCAUCGGGAGUCUACCCGACUGACAAUUCAGGAUGA